AUGCGCGCGCUGCUCCACAUUCCUCCGCAGGCCCCGCCCCUCCCGCCGUGUUAUGGUGGUCACGUGUCCGUGAUGGACCAAUGCGCGUCCUCCAGCGUCAGCAGGGGAGUGCAGAGUCCUGUGCAGCGCACUGCUACGCCUGCCUCCAACGGGACAGGACCAUGGGCUGUUUUGAUCAACACAGACGGAUAUGCCGCUUUCCCAAACGGUGAAGGCGGUGGGACAGGGGAGCAUGGCUGGCUUGAGCCCCCCACGGUGCAGCCGUGGGCCCACUCUGCCCCUCUGUGCCCGUCUCGGUCUCUGUGGACAGCCGCUUAUGACUACGAGGCCAGUGGGGAAGACGAGCUUAGUCUGCGGCGUGGGGACGUGGUGGAGGUCCUGUCAAAGGACGCUGCAAUAUCUGGGGACGAGGGCUGGUGGACGGGGAAAGUAAACCACAGGGUCGGGAUUUUUCCAUCGAACUAUAUCACGUAUCAGCCUGCAAUCUAUUGCAUCCCUGUCACCAGUGCACCAGAGCGCGCACCAGCCGCUCCUGUGGCAAUACCAUUCAGUGAACUUGUUUUAGAAGAAAUAAUUGGCGUAGGUGGAUUUGGCAAAGUUUACCGGGGGACGUGGAAAGACCAGGAGGUGGCUGUGAAGGCCGCUCGACAAGAUCCAGACGAGGACAUAACAGCUACCGCUGCCAGUGUUAAACAAGAAGCAAAACUAUUUUCAAUGCUGCAGCAUCCGAAUAUUAUAAAACUAGAGGGAGUUUGUUUGGAGGAGCCAAACCUCUGUCUGGUCAUGGAAUAUGCCCGAGGAGGGACACUUAACCGGGCGCUGACUGGAAGACGCAUCCCACCUCACAUCUUGGUCAACUGGGCCGUGCAGAUCGCCAGAGGGAUGCACUAUCUGCACGAGGGCGCCGUGGUACCCAUCAUUCACCGGGACCUCAAGUCUAGUAACAUUUUAUUACUUGAAAAGAUUGAGAAUGACGACAUCGGGAGGAAGACGUUGAAGAUCACGGACUUCGGCCUGGCCCGGGAGUGGCACAAGACCACAAAGAUGUCCGCCGCAGGCACCUACUCCUGGAUGGCCCCUGAGGUCAUCAAGUCGUCCCUCUUCUCCAAAGGCAGCGACGUGUGGAGUUAUGGCGUUCUGCUGUGGGAGUUGUUAACCGGAGAAGUGCCGUACCGAGGGAUCGAUGGCCUCGCUGUGGCAUACGGCGUUGCAGUCAAUAAACUGACCUUACCCAUCCCAUCCACAUGUCCAGAAACCUUUGCCAAGCUCAUGGAAGAAUGCUGGGACCAGAACGCGCAUGUGCGUCCCUCGUUCUCCUGUAUCCUGGAGCAGCUGUCGGCCAUAGAGGAGGACGUGAUGGCCACCAUGCCCCAGGACUCCUUCCACAUCAUGCAGGACGACUGGCGCGUGGAGAUCCAAGAGAUGUUUGAUGAGCUUCGGACCAAAGAGAAGGAGCUGCGGUCACGGGAGGAGGAGCUGUCGAGAGCCGCUCUUCAGCACAAGUCUCAAGAGGAGCUGCUGAAGCGACGAGAGCAGCAGCUCGCCGAGAGGGAGAUCAACGUGCUCGAGAGAGAGCUCAACAUCCUCAUCUUCCAACUCAACAAAGACAAACCCAACGUGAAGAAGAGGAAGGGCAAAUUCAAGCGCUCCCGCCUCAAACUCAAGGAUGGGAACCGCAUCAGUUUGCCGUCAGAUUUCCAGCACAAGAUCACGGUGCAGGCUUCUCCCUCCAUGGACAAGAAGAGGCGGAGUCUCCAUGGCACCAGCUCCUCCCCCCCCAGCAGCCCCUCCCUCAUCCCCCGCCUUCGUGCCAUUCAGCCGACGUGUUGUGGCCAGAGGGGCAGUAUGUUUGUCUAUCAGCAGGACGUGGAUCUGACCAGCGAGUGCUACGGCGGGAAAGUUACUAAAGAUGAGAGCAACCGUACAUGGGGCCGCAGCUCCCUCUGCAGGCCGGAAGAGUUUGAUGAUGUGAAGAAGGGGAUUAAAAAGAAGGGAAGGACAUGGGGUCCCAGUUCGGUACAGGUCAAGGAGAGACCUAAUGCAACAGAGAGAGUGCGGCCUCUCUCAGACGGCAGUAAUCCCUGGUCCACCGCCCUGGACAAGUGUCAGAAGAAUGUCCCUCUCUCUGCUCUUUUUGCAGAACAAGCUGGUCUGGGAAAAGAUGAAAUGUUUCCACUGGACUUUCCUGAUAGUAGCAACAAACCAAAGCAGCUCAAGUUCCCCAACCAGGUCUACAUUGAUCUACCUCUGUGGAGGGACGAGCCUCUGCCCCACAGUCCCAGUGGACAGAGUGUGUUUGGGGACAGCAGUGCAGGUCCAGGGAGUCAGAGUGGGCUGACGGAGACCCCUGAGGACCCCUACACCACCACCUCCACCUCCUCAGCCUCCACUACCCCUCAGCACACCCCCACCAACAGUCUGAAAAGGACCACAGCCCGCCGUCGGACUGACACUGUGCUCUACGGCUGUGGCUCUCUGCUCGCAUCAGUGGUCUUGGGUUUUGACCUGCGUGAUGCGCUCAAGACCUCCACCCCCCCUGAGGAGCCCGAGCCACAAAAGGAGGAGAAGAAGAAGAAGGAGGGUCUUUUCCAGCGGGCCACCAGGUUUCGCCGGAGCACCUCUCCUCCAAACACUCGGCCGCGUAAAGAUGAGCCGCCCAAUCACAUCAGCGUCACCAACCCGGCGGUCAACCUCCUCUCCAUCAUGGAGGGCCACUCCACCAAAUGUCUUCUACAGUCUGAGGCCGAGAUCCCCCAGAGCGGCUCAGUGAGGGAGGAGGCCACCGUGACCAACAACCACUCAGCACUUCCCACGCAGGAUCCUGCAGUCAACGGUCACAGCAAUAAGCCCACGGCGCCACAGACCACCGCGCAGAGCAGACCCCUGCCAGAAGUCAGCAACAACAACCCAGCCACACGCCUUCGCCGCAAGAAGUACAACAACAACCUCCCCAAUGGGCCCACCACACAACCAAACCCACUGAUCCUGCAGAAGAAGCAGGAAAAUGAGAAGAACAGUGGGGUGGAUACGCCCUCUGGAGGAGAGAGUGGCCCCAAACCUCGGCCCGUGUCUUUUAGGGCCCUGCUGCGGAGCCGCAACAAGAGCUACUCCCUGGGCCACUACGCUGGAGACAAAGCGGCGCAGAGCCUGAGCGUGGUGCUGGGCUCCGACGGCUCUGUGGGCUGCUCUCUGCUCGACAUGGACACAGAGGGCCAGAAGAGGGACUGCACUGUGCCUCUGUGCCGCAUCCAGAGCUCCCCUGGCAGACCCUCGCUCUUUGAACUGGAGAAGGGCUUCCUGUCAUAG